AUGAAUGUCUCGCAGACCUGGACGUUUGCGAAAGUGGAAGAAGUGACGCGACCAGACGCGUUGGUUCUGCAACCAAUCAACGUCGGCGGAACAUUGGAGCACUUCGACCCGCUUCUUAAAAUAGUGUAUUCAAAGCGCUUAAUCCUAAAACACUUUCAACACAUAAAGGUGAGCACAUGCAGUUUUCUUGCCAAAGCAACGCAUGGAACCAUGUCAUCAGAGCAAGAUCUUCCUUCAGUACUUUCCAUGGAAGUCGAUGUCGAAAACGAAGAUGAAAGCGAAUAUCGUCUCCUGGUUAACAAGCAUGUCAAGUACCUUAAGGUCGCACCCAACACCUUCGAACGAGAUGUUCUCUCAUUUCCCCUCGAGUCCUUACCACCACUACCGUUUUCUGACCCCAGCUGGAAAGUGGCGCAAAUCUUUCGUCAACCAGGGUCGAGCAAGCUGAAUGUCGUAUUAUCGUACCGAAAUCUAGCCGCAGUUCAAAAUGUCUGGCACUCUAUCCGCGUCGACGUGCUUGACCUGGACAAAGUCGUUCAGUUGACCGCGGCAGCGUUCGAAGCUAUGCUACCAACGUCUACGAUAAUUUCCAGCGCAUCAGCAUCACAUAGCUCCUCGCGGGAAGUGAGAGUGAUUGCCAAAAUUGCACGAUUCGAGUGGGAGAUUCCACGCAUCGAACGAGAGACUCGCGCGUACCAGAUUCUAGAACAGCAGCAAGUCGCUUCAGGGAUAACUCCUCGUUUUCUUGGACAUCUCCACGAGCAUGGGCGUGUCAUGGGCUUCAUCAUCGAGAAAAUGGACGAUCGGCAACACGCCUCUCUCAACCAUUUGGAAGCAUGUGAAAUGGCACUUGCAGAAUUUCACAAGUUCGGCCUGCAUGGCGACGUGAACCGGCACAACUUCCUUGUCGGGCAAGAUGGUGAGGUCACAUUGCUGGACUUCGAACGCUUUGAGGAGGAUGCCACAGCGGAUUCGAAGGCGAAAGAGAUGCAAAGUCUGAGGUCAGAAUUAACAGAUAAUUCCGGAAGAGGAGGAGGGUUUAGAUCUGGUGACUUUGUAGACUGA